AUGUCUUAUCCAGACCUCAAGGGGAAUACCUAUGUGGUCACAGGGGCGGCUUCAGGGAUAGGACGGUCCACUUCCACACUCCUGGCACAACAAGGAGCAAACGUCGCUCUCAUCGAUCUCCGCAAGCCUCAGGAUGUCUUGGAAGAAGUGGAGAGGCUCGGUGGGAAAGCGCUCGCCUUUUCGUGUGACGUCCAAGAUGGAGACGCCCUCGAAGCGGUCAUGAAGGAAGUUGUGCAACAUCUUGGUGCCAUCCAUGGAGCGGCAAACAUGGCCGGAAUUCUGGGCACAGAAGGAACCAAGGGUAAAAAUAACACGGUCGACCGGGUGCCUGAUGAUGAGUGGAAUAAGAUCUUGGGAGUCAAUUUGAACGGCGUCAAGAAUUCCAUGCGCGCCGAAUUGCGUCACAUGAAAGAUGGCGGGGCCCUGGUCAAUGCUGGGAGCAUUGCAGGACAGCUGGGACUGCCCUAUAUGGCUCCCUAUUGCGCCAGCAAAUGGGCGGUCUUGGGCCUGACGAAAGUCGCCGCCCAGGAAGCAGGAAGUCGUGGAAUCCGCAUCAAUGCUGUAGCUCCAGGCGUCAUCCGAACACCUAUGACCCAAGCGGGGGCAACCGAUGAGGAGCUCUACGACUCAUUGGGCUUCAAGGCUGCUUUGAAGCGACUAGGCGAGCCCGACGAAAUUGCGAGAGUCAUCGUGUUUCUGCUGAGCAAGGAGGCCAGCUACAUAGCCGGAGCGGUAAGUACGUGA